AAAAGGACAUUGAACAACGAUUUCGGCUCACCAACAUUCGUGAGCUGGCAACUGAUCGUACUCCGUUAUUAUCAUUCAUGUUCUAUACCGGUGCUCUCACGUAUAAACCGGGACCAUUAAAAUACGAACUUCAAAUCCCGAAUCGUAUUGCCAAAAGAGAGUUUAUUGCAGAGGCGCUUAGGAUUUAUGAUUGGAAGGAAGAGGAUCUAGUGUCUGUACGGAAAUGUUUACAGAUUUUAGAGGCAGAAUAUAACAUUGAACCUCUUUGCCGAUUUAUAGAGAAAACUUUACUUAAACCAUUGAAGGAUAAUAGUGUUAAGCAUUCAAAUGAAGAGGCAUUGAAACAAGCUUUUAUGGAUACUUUAAUUCUCACCCUUCAUGUAGACAUUGAACCAGAAUUUCAGGUGUAUUCUCAGAGUUCGAAUUUUGGUGGAAAAGCAAUCGACCUAGUGAAGACAAAUACUGGAAAAAGGAUAGCAAUCGAAUUUGAUAAUAUCAAGAUGGAGAACAUUAAAUUGGAUGGAGCUCAAGAUAGUUGGCAGAAAGCAACUCAAGUGUCACUAUCAUUGUUAGAAAAAUCAGAGGAUGAGAUUUUAAGUCUUGAAAUUAUUAAUAAUAAAUACCAGUCAACUCAAAAGACAGUUGAGGAAGCUUUGGAAUUUAAGAUUAAAACGAAAAGCAAAGAAUAUCUCGAACCAUUAAAAAAUCGACAAGAUGCAGAGUUGACAUGUGUUAAUUCCAAUUUAGCAGAAGUUUUUGAUUGGAUGAUUUUCUGGUCAUUGGAAAGAGUAGACACAGUAUCUGGAGAAAUUUCAGUUGCAGGAUUUUCAGAAGAUGACAUUUUUUGUAUUAAACCUUGA